GAGCACUGUUGGAUUGUGGGUGGGUAGCACAAUUUGUGUUGUGAGUUUCCUGAAUUACAAACUGCUGCACUAGCUUGAAGUUUUGGGAUGUAGCCAGCAAGCUAGUUGCACACUUUUUGUAUAUAGUCUCGUUCUAGGGAGUACAUUGUGAUUAGACUUUAAAAAAUAUAUACUUAAAUCACGUGAACUUUAAGUCAAAGUCUACCAAACGACUUCCAAGUGCUGAAAUAGAAAAGGUUAAUUGUUAGCUAGUAGCACAACAUUGCUUGCUAGAAAGUUUUUAAAAGUUGGGAAAGGUAGCAGAGCUAGCAACACCAAAAUGAGUUUGAACGAACACUCUUUACAAGCUCUAUCAUGGAGAAAGCUAUAUCUGAGCCGUGCCAAAUUGAAGGCUACAAGUCGGACAUCAGCUCUUUUGUCUGGUUUCGCAAUGGUGGCGAUGGUGGAAGUGCAAUUGGAGCCAGACCACACGUAUCCACCGGGGCUGCUGAUUGCCUUCAGCGCCUGCACUACCGUCCUUGUAGCAGUGCACCUCUUCGCUCUCAUGAUCAGCACCUGCAUCCUUCCAAACCUUGAAGCGGUGAGCAAUGUCCACAACUUGAACUCAGUGAAUGAGUCUCCCCACGAGCGUAUGCACCACUACAUUGAGCUGGCCUGGGCGUUCUCCACCGUCAUCGGCACCCUGUUGUUCCUUACGGAAGUGGUUCUCUUGUGCUGGGUCAAGUUCUUGCCACUCAGAGGCGGGAAGAUCAACGGGACCAUCAGCUCGGGUGAGGCAGCAGCCAUCGCCUCCACCUCCAUCAUGGUGCCUUUCGGUCUGGUGUUCAUUGUGUUUGCUGUGCACUUCUACCGCACACUGGUCAGUCACAAAACUGACCGGCAGAUCAGGGAGCUAGAAGAGCUGUCCAAUAUCACCCGCCUUCAGAAUCAACUGGACCACAGGGGAGAGGCUGACUGCCUGAGCCCUGUUGUCCAUUUCUAAUACUGAUCAGAAACACUAGGUUUUACACGUUCAACUACUUUGUGAAACAUUUGAUGAUUUUCUUUCGCAUUUACAUAAAUUCACCAAGUAAUGGUGUCAAUCUGUUUACUGUAAUUCAGCACUUCACAUAAACCGAAAUACACCAGAAGGGCUUUUCAGUUACUCAGAGCUACAGUUUACAGAAUCAAUCAAAAAACAAAACGAGAUUAGAUACUAUCACUGCCAAUUUCUCAUGUUAUGUUGAAUCAGAUUGUAUAGUCUAUCAGUGAAAAAAUGGUACAUGUACUCUUGUUCAUGUAUCAUAGCGGUGUUACAGUUAACAAGUUCUUAGUAUUUUUAAACAUUAACUUUGUGGUAUCUACAUUACUGCACAGUCAUGAGAAACUUAGAGACGAAUGACUGAUCAUAUUAACCGAAUUGCUGAAAAUGGAUUUCUGUGAAUGUUGAUCUUUUGUGAAGUGUUUUUUUUUUUUCAUGUAUUUUGUUACAAAGAAGCUGAGAUCUAACCAAAGAUGUUAGAUGCUUUAAAAUACCAAACUUAGAUGAGCUCCAGAAUUUUGUAAGGAUUUUACUCUAAGCCAAUUCUUGUACCCCUUUACAAAGAAAGUUAAAAAAAAUUAUAAUAUUUCUGUAAUGAAUGCAUAGCUCUGAAUGCAUAGUAUAUAUUGCUGUAAUACAACAAUGGUGUUACUUGUGGAUUGAAAACUUUCAGGGUGCAGAAGUUUCGUUAAAAAACAACAACAAAAAGCAAAAAAAUAAGUUUGUAUAUCUGUAAUGUCACGAAGGGAUAAGGAGAACCAAGGCUGGGUACAGAAUUGUCUAAUACUGUAUGAAGACAUCUGGAGAUUCAGCUGAUAACCUUCAGCUAAAAGGAAUGUAGGCUCGUUGGGAAAGGUUGUCAAGGAUACAGUAGAUUGAAACUGUAUUGAGAAGUAUGCCAAACUGUUUUUAAAGGGUGAACUGAUGACAGUAACUUUUAUACGUAUUGUUUUUGCAUGAUAAGGCUCACUCCAGUUAUAUAUGGUUCCUGUGUGGAUUUUUAGCUUUUUAAAUGACCUGUCCAGUUGCACAUCUGAAAUGUCUGUCACAUUAUGUGCAAUCUUCAGACUGUUUCAUGUGAAGUAACCUAUUCUAAGCAGAAUUACACUUCACACAGAUGGAUAUAUAUAUAUAUCCAUUUAGACACACACACACUCAUACACACUGUAUAUUUCUCUUCUCAGUUAGGUACAGAAAACCACUUUUAGGAAAAUGACACAUACUGCAUCUACUUCUAGACAGACAGUAUACACGGCAUUGACCAUUGAAUGUGGGUUACUUUCAUGCUUUGCGGUCUUGGUCUGUGUAAUAGGCCUACAGUAUCAUUUAGGAAAUAUUUUGUGCUCUACAAAUAUGUAGUUAUGAACAUCACAGAAGAGAUUGGUUACAUGCUCCCCUGAACCAUAUGAACUGUUUAUUUAUUCUUAAAGCUUUUAUAUAUAGUAUAUCUUUUCCUUUGUUUUCAACAUAUGCAAGAGGCCAAUUAUGACUAAUAAAGGUUUUUAUGUCUAAAUUUGAA